AAUUCGUCUUCCGGAAACGUCUGGCCGUACAUAUAUAAAACAGCAGAUGCUUGUAAGAAUGGCCAAUUACAUUUCGACCUUCACAAGAAGUUUGCUGUCACCUCUUCGACUAUAACUUUUCGGUUUGUAACUUUGUAUACAGUAAUAUCACUUGCGUCUCCGAUCUCGAAUUACUGAUAUACCAUGGCUGUUCCUACCGGCAAAUUUGUUAACGUCGGCCAAGAUCCUAACGGGGUCGCCUUUUUCACAAGUGUUGGAUAUACUGAACAAGUCGCUUCUGACAUUAACAACUCGAAAAACGAGGUCACUCUGAAAAAGGAAGGCGACGGAUAUGUGAUGACUAUUGCCCAGCCGGAUCUGAACCGUCAGCAGGACUUACGCUUUAAGCUUGGCCAGGAACAAACUCAAACUUUGCCUAGCGGAAAAACUGUUAAGAGUACCACAAACUGGAACGACGGAGCAAAAACUCUGGAAGGCAAAUAUACCAACAGCGAUGGAUUGACGUGGUCGGUGAAUUUGAUUUUUAAGAACGACACCGAAAUGACCUUGAAACGCGACAGCCCAUCGGUCCACAACUCUUCCCUGGAAUUCCGACGUGCUACUUUGACACAUGUUGAUUAAGACGUUUUCCGGUAAACCGAUGUUGUUUUUUAAUUAUUAGCGGGACAAGAUAAUACAGUUUGUUCUUCUUUAUACUGGCGUUGCUUUUCUUUACAAGCCUCUGUCAGGGAUGCAGUAGUUAUUGAGUAGUUACCGAAUGAUUUUGCUUUGCGGUAAAAAAAAUAAAUGCCUUUUCGAAAUUAUAUCUGUUGUU